AUGUUCACCAAGACUGUCGUUGCCCUCGCCCUUGUGGCCGUUGCCGCCUCUGCACCUUCUCAACCAGCCUAUGGAUAUGCUCCUCAGCCUACCUAUGAUGUCCCUGCUAAGUACGACUUCAACUAUGCCGUGAAGGACGAUUACUCCGGCAACGACUUCGGUCACCAGGAAGCUCGCGACGGUUACAAUACCCAGGGUUCCUACUACGUUCUCCUUCCCGACAGUCGUCUGCAGAAGGUGGCCUACACUGUCAAUGGUGACUCCGGUUACGUGGCCGAGGUCAGCUACGAGGGUGAGGCCCAGUACCCCGAGUACAAGCCUGCCUACAACCCAGCACCUGCAUACAAGCCUACCCCUGUGUACGCCUAUUGA